CGGAAGUCCUCGCUACUGUUCGUGCAGUGGUGUUUGUAGCCUGAAUACACACACACACAGCACACACACACGGUUGUCCGCACAAAACAGGCUAAGAAACAACACACCGAAACAUCAUAUUCCAGGACUUACACCGCUGUUCUCUAGAAAAGGCCGAAGGAGACCCAAAUAAGUGGGCUCUCUGCUACCUGUUUGCCCUGGUAACGUGUUGCCAUGCCCUUCCCUUUCGGUAAGUCUCACAAGUGUCCAGCGGACAUUGUGAAGAAUCUAAAAGACAACAUGACCAUUCUGGAGAAGCAGGACAUUUCAGACAAGAAGGCUGAGAAGGCCUCUGAAGAGGUGUCCAAAUCUCUGCUGGCCAUGAAGGAGAUUCUCUACGGCACGAAUGAGAAGGAGCCGCAGACAGAAGCUGUGGCUCAGCUCGCUCAGGAGCUCUACAACAGCGGCCUGCUCAGCACCCUCGUCGCAGAUCUGCAGCUCAUCGACUUUGAGGGCAAGAAAGAUGUGGCACAGAUCUUUAAUAAUAUUCUGAGACGUCAGAUCGGCACUCGGACACCUACAGUCGAAUACCUGUGCACUCAACAAAAUAUACUCUUCAUGCUGCUUAAAGGUUACGAGUCUCCAGACAUCGCUCUGAACUGUGGGAUCAUGCUGAGGGAAUGCAUACGGCACGAGCCGCUGGCCAAGAUCACCCUCUGCUCCGAGCAGUUCUACGAUUUCUUCAGAUACGUGGAGAUGUCCACCUUCGACAUCGCCUCGGAUGCAUUUGCCACUUUUAAAGAUUUGCUGACGAGACACAAACUGCUCAGCGCUGAGUUUCUGGAGCAGCACUAUGACAGAUUCUUUAGUGAAUAUGAGAAACUUCUUCACUCAGAAAACUAUGUGACUAAGAGGCAGUCGCUAAAGCUUUUGGGAGAGCUGCUUUUGGACAGGCACAACUUCACUAUAAUGACAAAGUACAUAAGCAAACCAGAGAACCUCAAACUCAUGAUGAACCUACUGAGAGACAAGAGCCGCAACAUCCAGUUUGAGGCCUUUCAUGUAUUUAAGGUGUUUGUGGCCAAUCCGAACAAGACCCAGCCAAUCCUCGACAUCCUGCUGAAGAACCAGACCAAACUCAGCGAGUUCCUCGGCAAGUUCCAGAACGACCGCACCGAGGAUGAGCAGUUCAGCGACGAGAAGACCUAUCUCAUCAAACAGAUCCGAGACCUCAAGAGGCCAACCCCGCAGGACGCUUGAGAAGGCUCACGAAUGUAUAGAGGACGUCUAGACAGUGUUUUAGGCAGCGUCUGGACGAUGUUUGGCUCUCUGGGACGUUGAGUGGCCGCAGCGCUGGGCAUGUUUUUGUGUUUUGCAGGAACCGUUAAAUGCCGUUUGAGCUCGGUGGGCGAGAAAUAUGACCACGAGGAUGAAAAGUAGUCAUGCUUCGCUGGACAUUCAACCUCUCCCCCUACAAUGUUUUGUUCUCAUGUUUCAAAAAACGAGCAAAAUGAACAGAAAAGACGGAUGUAGAUGCUGCUGCUUUAUUGCACAUAAAGAAGGAGGGUUUUGUACCGCAUACACAAACAUACACUCAAAUGUCUGUUGAUUCUAAUUGGAUAUUAAUGAAUUCCAGGAAAUUUGACAUGCAAAAAGCACUUCAACACACUCCUGUCAGCUCUUUUGCUCAUUGUCGGCUAGGUGAAAAACUGCAAAUGUGACACAUAAAUCAUGCUUUGCACAUUCCCAGAUUAAUUUUCAAAGGCGGAAAUGAGUAAACGUGUUGACUGAGGAGGGUUUAGUGAUUUGUUAGAGUUGUGGCUGUGAUGUUAACCCUGAUUUAACACCAUUCUUCUCUCAUCAUUAGUCACUGCGCAGAGUGGGUGUAAUGGAAAGUUAACUUGUCUGCUUACUUUACCUUAAGAUUUGUGCUCUGACUCUACUUCUAAUACUAGUUUCAGUAUAACUAACCCCACUACUCUUACCUUUUAUUCAGUUUAUAUGUUAAAUUGUCCCUUGUAAACUCCCCAGUUCAUGGGUGAAAUCUCACAAAGAAACAUGUCUAGGUCACAUUUCACCCCAAAAUCAAAAGAAAAAAAAAAAAAAUAUGGUUUUGUGUUUUUGACUAAAUUCACCAGCUUACACACUGUAUCUUCUUCCUUUUCAGUAGGUUUUUAGUUGGGCAAAAAAAAAAUAGCGAGUGCGAUUGUUAUUUGCAGCAGACUAAUCUGAAAUGGUUGGAUGUAGAGAAACAGCUCAUAUUAGCACCUGAUUGUGGCUGCUGAGAGAAACUUCGAGCAGUCAUGUCCUUUAUGAAUGUUUUAUUUAGAUUUGUUUUAACAACAGUGCAGUGGUUGAUGCGGCUUGUCAUGUAAUACUUUAAAUCUGGUGCAAGAAUGAAAAACCACACAAAACUGAAAGUGAUCGGAGGGUUUGGUUGAUCAUUUUCGAAAUAUGGUUGGCAUUACUGCUUUUACUCACAAGACAGCCACAAUCAUCUACCAUAAAACCCUUCAUUUCUCCCCUAAGCGAAAGCAGGUGUUAUUCAUAAUGGUAACUCUUACUCAUUCUCAAUGCAGAACUUUACCUGAACUCCCAUAAAACAUGUUCUGCCGAAUGUUUACAGGACUGGUCAGAAUAACAGGGAUUGACAUGUCUAUAACAGUAUUUUAUUUUAGUGAAACCUACAAUAAACUUUACGUAGCUUAAAGAUGUACAUUUUUCAUAUUUCAGUCUCAGCAUAUACUGUUUAUGUGGUGAUGGGCAACUCACCAUUGGUUGCACAUGUAACAACAGCCAAUCACAGUCAUCUUGUAUGCCUGACAUCAUAACGGCCCAGAGCAUUAAGAAUUCUGAGAAUUAGCAAACUUAUCUUGCAUAUCAGUGCAUGUUUCUAUUUUGCAGCCUUAGAUUAAGCAUGGACAUCUAACGGACGGGCUGGAAACCUCUUGGCCUGCUGUCCGUUCAAUUAAACAGUCCAGUCUAACCUAUGUAGAUCUGGCCCAAGUAAUAAGACUUGGGCACAAAAACAGUGGAGUUUCAUCUUGAAAUGUCAAUCAGUAAGCCAGACUAACAGUUGGAAAUAA